ACACCUGGCUAUUCAUGUACAAUCGUGUCGUACUGUUGAAUGAUUCGUUUAAAAAAAGGUGUGAAAGAUUAUUUGAAAUUAUUAUACACCAAUAUGGCUGAACGGAAGUACACAAGGUUUCAUCGGACGGCGUUUGAUAGAUUCAUACCUUUCCGGCCGAACUUGGAUGUUGAAACGUCACACGCGAGACUUAUGCUACGUUUACCGGACUGUGCAGAGAAUGAACUUGGUCAGUUCAAGAGCCCAGUUACAAAAUCUUACGCUCGGCUUUUGUCAGAAACAACGCAUGUGGAGGAUGGAAAUGUUUUGCCAAUAUGCAGUAAACCGUUUGCAAGUCCUUUCAAAAAGCGAUUGACUCAACUAUUUCCUACAAGACCAGAUGAAGGGUACAGUUCUCCAACAACUGAUAAAAUCCGAAGUAUUCCGACAUCACCAGAUUGCAUCAUGGACAUGCCAGGACUUAGAGACGAUUUUUACACAAAUUUGCUAGAUUGGAGCAAUAAGAAUUUAAUUGCUGUUGCACUGUUCCAGUCGGCAUAUGUAUGGGACGCCGAGUCCAAAGACUGUCAGAGAAUUGAAAUACAUUUUCCACAAUCAUAUUACUAUAUAUCGGCACUGGCUUGGAGUCCAAGAGACAAAGCAUUGGCCAUAUCUGAUAACGACGGCGAGAUUACGAUUUGUGAUGUCGAAAAGUUACAAUCUCAGAGAAAAUUUGUUCCACUUAGACAAAAAUGUUCAGUUGGAGCACUCAAGUGGACAAACUACGGAAUUAUAAGCGGAAACCGGAGAGGUGAGAUACGGAUUCAUGAUGACAGAUGUAAAGAUAGUUCAGCGUUAAAAUGCAUGGAUGGACAUCACCGGAAAGACGUCUGCGGAUUAUCAGUCUCACCUGGCACGUCAUAUUUGGCAAGUGGAGGGGAUGACGGCCAUGUCAACAUUUGGGAUCUACGAAUGAUGACAAACUGUAAAACUAUCAAGGCCCAUUCUGCAUGUGUUAAGGCACUGUCUUGGUGUCCAUGGAGACAAAAUGUCAUAGCAACAGGUGGUGGAUUAAAUGAUGGUAACAUACGGCUAUGGUACGCACAUACGGGAGAACAGCUGGCAGAAACCGCCACUAAUUUACAGGUUUGUGGUUUGUUGUGGUCAGAAGAAUACAAUGAACUGGUGUCGGCCCUUAGCUCUCAAACUCCCGACAGAAACGACCUGGUUGUCUGGAACAUGAAGAAGUUCGAGUUUGAAGCUGUGGCUAAACUCCGUCAACAUAUGGCACGCCCGUUACAUAUAGCACUUAGCCCGGAUGAAACUACCAUAGCUUCGGCGGGCGCUGACGAGGCAUUGUGUUUGUGGAAUACAUUUCCAAAGCGGUCAAGACGUAAGCAAUGGUCACCUUGGGAUAAAUCCCCACUGAACAUGUAUAAUUAUAUAAGAUAAUUCUCUUUUGGAAAAACAAAACAAAACAAACAAAAACAAACAAAACAAAGACUUCCAUCACAAUGGACGACGAAACAAUAAAGUAUCUUGGAAACUCUGUGUCAACUAACACUGUGUACAAUAUUUUACUUUAUCAAUUUUCAAAUACACAAUAUUCCUUUUUUUUCUGAGUGUGUCAGAAAUUUAUUUUUUAUUGUCAUUUCAAGUUUAUUACAUUCGACUUUAAGUCAAUGAUAGCUGUGCAAGCAUAUAUACAUUGUAUAAAUAUAUCAUGAUAAAUUUUUUCUCAAUUAUUCAA